GCCCACUGCUUCCAGCGUAUUUCCGGUAAUCGGUAGGCCAUCUCUUAUUCGUUGAACAGCAUUCACUAUUACACGAGAGUUAUGUGGAUGCCUACGAUUGGGAAACCGUUCUCGAUAAAGUCUGAGAGCUCCGGCUCCAUUUCCUCGUGUUUUCCCCGUACAACAACACCAUAUCAGUUAAUUCUGCCGCAGUAAACGGUUGAUUCGGCAUUUUGUAUUUAUUGAAUAAAAUAAUUUGACAGAAAUACGUCAACGGUAUUUUUUAUUGCCAAUGUCAACUUUCUGUUUUUAACAGGUUUUUAAGCAAGUUGUAAGGCUACAAGAAGGCGGAACACAAAGAUAAUCCUCUUUAUUCCAUGUUAGAAAGAAAAGUUUGUAAGCGGAAUUGAAAAUUAUCAAUGAAAGGCCCCCGUACCAAGGUAUUAAUGUAAUCUCACCCUCGUACAACGAAAUGACGAUAUUAUCGCAAAAUCCAAUACUUUGACUUAACCAUUAAACUUUGAGGACUAAUAAAGUAUCUAAUUUUCAUUUAUUUUUAAAUGCCCCAAAACAAAAUUAGAUCAAUUUGACGAGUAGAAUCUAGCCUUACAUUUAAAGCCCCAAGAUCGGCGACACACUAAAGCCUUAACUCUUUAAUAGUUUUAUUUGACACAUGUUUCGCCAAACUCGCGCGUUUGUCACACAUCUGUCAAUGUUAUAAUUUGGUUAGGUAUAAUUAUUUUUAGGUUUUUUUCAAGCCAUGUCUAAAUUUUGCUGGAAAGCUUUAAAAAACAAUAAAUACCACAAAAAUAACUUGAUGUUCAAGAGAAAUUUCCAUGCGUUGCUAAACGAUGAAAUCGUCAAGGAUUCCACCUGUGCUUGGAUGUGCCGUAGGCGCGGGUAUUCCAAGCAUGAGCCGUUAGACUGGCGCGAGGCGAUAGCUCAAGCAGAGCAGACUGUCGGCUUCCCUACCUCCUUCCUAAACCUGCGGUGGCUCUUUAACGACGAGAUCGCCAGCACCGCCAUACAUUUAAGGAAACUUGUCGGCACUAACCACCCACUCCUGAAAUCAGCUAAGAAUCUUCUGAUUGGUUCCAAAAGCAACUUGCAGUCGGUAGGGCUGAUUAUUCUUCUGGUGUCCAAAGCGGCUGGACUCAACACUCGGGACUACACUGAAGACCAAUACGACUCAGGGAUCUUGCACUCGCAACGUGCCUUAGCCGAGAUUGUAGAGAUGAAGCGUACCGGCCACAUGAUACACAAGACCAUGGCCAACCUGCAGGAAAAGGAGAAAUUCGGAGACAAGUUCCAGGAUCUGCUCUGCGGGAACAAGAUCGUACUUUUGUCAGGCGACUACUUGCUAGCUAAGUGUCUCCAACAUCUCGGCGGCUUGCGGAACAACGAGGUGACGGAGCUCAUCUCCACCGGCCUGAGGGACCUCGUCGAGGGAGACUUUCUGGGUGAACGAGGCCCGGACAAUACUCCCAUGCCCACUAAACCCAAAGCUGAAAACAUAGUUGAACCCUACGACUGGGAAAACGAGUACAACUUGGAGAAGCUCGGCAGCAACUCUUACCUCGGGCAAGGGAAGGAGGAGUGGGUGCUCCGAACCAUGCUCCAGUCCGGUAGCAUCCUCGGCAAAGGCUGCCAAGGCGCCAUGAAACUCGCCCGCCGAGGCGAAGAGAUGGAGCGAAACGCGUACAUACUUGGCGGGCAUCUCGCUCUGAUGUGGCAACUGUAUUUAGAUAUAAAAGAUUUCUUUAUUCACCCACAUUCGUAUUCUCUGGUUGGCGCUCCUAUUAUCAUGGCUCUAUGGGAGUAUCCUUCAAUCUACGGACAUGUUUGGAUAUCUAAAGUGGAAAGAAAACCUAUAGAGAUGAAGCAAUUGCAUUAUGCAGUACGCAGCACGCGUUCUAUGGAUUAUCUGACUGGACUUUUGGACGAGGAGCUGGCGGCCAUUUUGAAAUAUAGCGACCGGUUUCCGGUGGAGGAUGCGCGCGAGGCUCUGCAGAACAUGGCGCGGACGAUCCACGGAGAAACGCUGCAGUACAUGGAUAAUUGAAUAAAGGCCUUUUACACGUGCAGCCUGUGGACAAAUUAUACUAAAAAGGCCCUCAAUGCCCUGCGCUGCGCGUCCUGUACAACAAUGGGUUCAGGAUGCUGUUGGGAUUGCCUCGUUUAUUCAGCGCGUAUGUUCGCGCAGACGCGCACUGACUGCUUCGGUGCAAAAAUACGCAAUAUAACUGCGUCCUGCGUCGCGUGCGUGACAGUUCCAACGUGGUUCCAACAGUCUCUUGCGCUUAGUGUUAGAUUCGCCUGCUUGCGCCUUCUGGAAACACUGGGAGGAUGUAGGUACAUAUGGGAUCUUAUUCUUAUAGGUUUAACUAAUAAUAUAGGAUUAAGAGAAUGUACACUAACACUAUGAACAUGGUCCGAAAUAAAUUGAUUGAAUUGUAAUACACGCGAGAAAUUAGUACGUCCUACCUAUCUACCUAUACCUAUGUUAAGUAGCACUUGAUAUAUGCAAGAUGUGCAAAAGAGAUGAUGAGAUGAGAGCUAAAAUCGAAGUUCGUCCACGUACGAGUGGCGGCAGUGGCCACGCGUCGAUGGAACUCGAUACCCAUCGGCUUAUGUAUUUAUUUUGAAACGGUUGAACGCCACGUAGAAUAUCAAUCUAAAAUAUAGAUAUGUUAGGUUAGGUAUA